CGUUUGUCAACACAAAAUAACAUGUAACAUGUCCUGAUGUCCUAUUACUGUGUUUGUAUAUGUAUUUCUAGUUUCGACUCUGCCUUUGACCGGGCAUGUGCUGAGUAUCCGUGAAGGGUGAUUGCCUUAAAGAGAGAUCUAGACAAUCCAAUCCUCCCUAAACACGAUGGAAAAAAAUUCUGCUGAAACUGACAGCGACUCAGAUUCCCUUAACCAUGAAGAACUAAUGAAGCUGACCAACUCUACUUUGACAGAGCUUCUACCAAAGGAUGUACUUUUGCGAGAUCUGCCAAGUGAAGUCACUUUGGAAGAGGUGAAUGCACAAAUAGCUCUGCAAUUUGGUCGGUCCAUGACAGUUUAUGUUCUUCGUGGUGAUGGAGAGGAACUUCCAAUAGUUGUACCCCAAGGAACAGCUACAGUUUUGGAUCUCAAGCAAGCUCUUAGACGGUUUCUUUCAUUGAGGUUGAUGCGUCAGAAGAACAAUGUGAAGUUGAGUUGGCGGUAUAUUUGGCGCUCUCAUUGGCUUUCAUUUGAGGGUCAACCUCUCAAAGAAGAUGGAAAACCUUUGUCAUAUUACAACAUUCAGAAUAGAUGUAGAGUAACAUUCGUUAAAAAGUUACGAGAGAGAAGAAAGUGAACAAAAUGGGACGGCGUAAGUCCAAGAGAAAGCCUCCACCCAAGCGCAGAGCAAUAGAACCCCUUGACACUCAAUUUACCUGUCCAUUCUGCAACCACGAAAGAUCAUGUGAAGUUAAAAUGGACAAGGGUCGAAAUUCUGGUCGAAUAAC